CCUUCUCCUGGCCCGGCUGAUCCGUCUGCGUGUCGUCGUCUAUAUAAGCCCAGCCCUUCCUCCUCUCCCGCCCCACCUCAUCUAUCGCACUCUUCUUCCUUCCUUCCUUCUCCCGCCUUCUCCUCCCAGCACUCUUCUUCGAACACUGCCACAUAUACUUAGUCAUCAUCGUCCAGCAGCGCAGCAGCCCGCCGCUCAACGUCUCACAAGGGGAUCGUCGGUCGGAAUCUGAUGGACAUGGCGCACGAGAGAGACGCGAGCAGCGAGGAGGAGGUGGUGGCCGGCGAGCUGCGGCGCGGGCCUUGGACGGUGGAGGAGGACCUCCUGCUGGUCAACUACGUCGCCGCGCACGGCGAGGGCCGCUGGAACUCGCUCGCCCGAUCAGCAGGGCUGAGGCGCACUGGCAAGAGCUGCCGCCUCCGGUGGCUGAACUACCUCCGCCCCGACCUCCGGCGAGGCAACAUCACGCCGCAGGAGCAGCUGCUCAUCCUGGAGCUGCACUCGCGCUGGGGCAACCGCUGGUCCAAGAUCGCGCAGCACCUCCCCGGCCGCACCGACAACGAGAUCAAGAACUACUGGCGCACGCGCGUGCAGAAGCACGCCAAGCAGCUCAAGUGCGACGUCAACAGCCAGCAGUUCAAGGACGUCAUGCGCUACCUCUGGAUGCCCCGCCUCGUCGAGCGCAUCCAGAACGCCGGCGCCGCGGGGGCUCCGCAGCAGCACAAGGCGGGCGCCGCGGACACGCCGCUCUCGUCGCCGUCGUCGUGGCAGCCCGGCGGCGGCGGCGGCGCCGACGACGGCCUCUACGCGUCGCCGGACCUCCCCGCCACGGACGCCUGCUGCUGGCCUCCCGCAGACUGCUACCCAGCCGCCGCCGCCGCCGCCGUCGGUGACGGUGACCAUCAUCAUCAGCUACUGAUGAACAACCCCGCCGCCGUGCCGGAGCUGUCGGCGAGCACUACCACGGCCGGGUCGGCCUCCCCGUCAUCGGAUUCCGGCGCGGGCGCACAGCCCUGCUGGCUUGCGCCGGUGGGUGGCGCGGAGUGGUUCACCACCACCUGCGACGCCUCCAGCAGCACCGCCGCCGUCCUCCUGGCCGGACACCAGCAGCAGCAGCAGCAGCAACAAUGGUCGUGCCUGCUCGGGGAGGCGACGUGGGCGUCGUCAUCCGAGCUCCCUGAUCUGGGCUGCGUCGCGGACUUCGAGAUCGGCAGCUUCGACGUGGAGAGCAUCUGGAGCACGGACGACAGCUUGUGGUUCACGCAAGCGCAGGGCGUGUGAAUUGAACCCACACGCGCGGCGACAUGGAAAUCCACGGCGUCAAAUUAAACCGGUGGUGGAUCGGACACCGCGCACGUCGGGGACUCCUCGCCUAGCGAAGGUGCCGAGAGAGCUAGCAGAGACACGGGUUAGAAGAAGGAGAGAGAUUAUUUUGGAGGAACCGAAGACGACGCGGGACGGCUACUCUUUGCUCGGUUCAAGAUGCUUGCUGUUCUUGCCUCCAGGACUUUUCUUCCGCUCCAGUUCUACUCCGUUUCCUAGUCUUGAUUCCCUAGCGGCUUGUAGGGUAUAUACGCCAAGAAAAUUCCAGAAAAGGGGAAAAACGUAGCUGUUGUAGUAGUACAUAUAUACUAGUAGCGUUAAGUGUUUGUACGUGCCGUCUAAUUUUACACAUUCUUUUUGAGUAAUUAAGUUCAAUACAUAUGAACAGUGAAGUUACUGAUGAC